GUUCGCCGGCUCAAGGUCGCCUGUAUCUCCACGCCUGAGGCUGGGCAUCUGGUACCGACGGCGCAGAUUGCGAAAGCCCUGGCACGGCGGGGGCAUCAAAGCGCGCUCAUCACCUUGGACUGCGCGCGCGAGAAGUUUGCAAAAGGCUGUGAGGCUGGGGGCUGCGAGUUUGUCGGCCUCGGCAAGGGCAUCUCAGGCUCCGACGCUGGCAGUGGCCUUGCUGCUGAGCUGACAUCCAAAGGCCUUUUUGGGAUGCUCUUCAGGCACUUCGACGACGCCAUGCGGGACGAAUUCCGAAGUUGGCUGCAGUCGGAAAAGCCAGAUGUGAUUCUGGCUGACAUGGUGACCUUAGCAGCUAUCGAGCCUGCAAAGGAGUGUGGCAUCCCCGUCAUCUUGAACAUUCCAGGGCCACUGGAGCUCUUUAAGAACCUGAGCCCUUUCAUGAUCGCCACCUUUAGCACCAUUUCCUUCCUGCAUACGCGCAGCAUUGCCGAUACAAGAAUCAUGGUGCAGGUCAUGGGCAAAUUUUUUUCUGCCUUUGGCCACCACCUCUGUCUGGUGAACAGUUUCUUUGGUUUGGAUACUGCCUGGCCGUUGCCUCCCAACGUCAUCAUGACGGGCUCGACGGCCCCGAGACCCAGCUCUACCAUCUUGCGCGAGACUUCCGAUGAGCGCUUCAACACCUGGCUGCAGCGAGUGCGUGGCAUGGGGCUACGCAUCGUCUACGUGACCAUGGGCAGUAUGCAGGUUCUGGAGCCCUUCCAAGUAAAGGCUCUCUUUGAGGGUCUCCAGGCACUUACGCCGCGGUGUGCAGUGGCUUGGUCAUUGAAGCCGGAGCAACAGGCAUUUUUGCCUGGAGGCCCAGAUGCUCUGCCCUCACACUUUUUCGUGCAGAAAUGGCUACCACAAGGUGAGGCCCUACAGCUGCCGGAUGUCGCGGUGGUGGUGACGCACUGCGGUUUCGGUGGCCUUAAUGAGACCAUUGCUGCUGGCAAACCACUUGUGGCGCUGCCCUUCCGUGCUGAUCAGCCUGCCAAUGCCAAGCUUUCCAGGGCACGGGGUCUGGGAGAGGUCCUGUCGCCUCCGAAGCUCACAGCUGCAGCAGUGACCUCUGCGGUUGGCAAGGUCCUUGCCAACCCGAGCUAUGCCACAAAAGCUCUGGAAUUGCAGCAGUCCAUGCUGAAGACGGGAGGUGCCGAGGCCUGCGUGGAUGCGAUUGAGCACUUCGUGGAGCAUGACGGCUGUGAAGAGCUGUUCGUCAGGACACCUUCCUGGCACCAGAAAUUUCAGGGUGUCCUGAAGCCGUUGACGCUGGUAGCCUUUGGGGCUGCGGGAGUCUGUUUAGUCCAGCGCUGGCUGAGACCGAAUCGGAGCUGA